CAGACACAGUUGAAGUAAAAAGGAUAUUAUUAUAAAAGUUCAAGAACCCUCUCUAGAGCUAGUUUUCUUGUGAAUGUAUGGAUUUCCUACUAUCCCCUAUGCUCCUGAAUGCAGCAAAGCAAACCGCAUGAUUUUGUGGUACUUUGAACUUUACAAACAUGCUGACAGCGGCUGAUCGUUUCUGCUGGCGGCGAAGACACAGAGGAGUCCUGCUGUAAUAACUCCGAGCAGAGAAAGUAAGAACUAACCGUUAUUAGUCCGCUGUUUGACAGCAGCGCCGCUUUGCGUCACAUUUAUCAUCGUAAUCGCAGACAAAAUGUCCCUCCGCUACCACAACAAAGUGGCUGUUGUCACGGGAGGAUCCAAAGGGAUUGGCAGAGGGAUUGUCAGAGUGUUUGUGGAAAACGGAGCCAAAGUGGCGUUUUGUGCAAGAGAAAGUGCAGCAGGUGAAGCUUUAGAGACGGAGCUUAACAAGACCGGACCAGGCUCGUGCAAGUUUGUCAAAAGUGACAUCUCCAAGGAAGAAGACAUAAAGAGACUGAUUGCAGUCACAGUGGAGCAGUUUGGUCACAUCGACUGCCUGGUCAACAACGCAGGCUGGCACCCUCCUCAUAAACCCACCGAUGACACCACAGCGGAGGAGUUCAGAGACUUGUUGAAUCUGAACCUCGUCAGCUACUUUUUGGCGUCUAAAUAUGUGUUACCGUACCUACGAGAGCGCCAAGGAAACAUCAUCAAUAUUUCCAGUCUUGUGGGAACUAUCGGUCAGAAAGAUGCUGCACCGUAUGUUGCCACAAAGGGGGCGAUCAUUUCCAUGACAAAGGCAAUGGCAGUGGAUGAGAGCCGCUACAAUGUGAGAGUCAACUGCAUUUCACCAGGUAACGUGAUAACACCUCUGUGGGAGGAACUAGCAGCACAGACACCAGACACUGCCGCUACCAUUAAAAUGGGGGAAAAUGCUCAGCUCAUGGGUCGAAUGGGGACUGAGGCUGAGUGUGGACUGGCUGCUUUAUAUCUCGCUGCCGAGGCCACUUUCUGCACCGGGAUUGACCUGCUGCUCAGUGGAGGAGCCGAACUGAACUACGGCUUCAAGAGUCAAAUCCAGUCCUCACAAUCCUGAGUGUCCUUGUGGCUGUGGAGCAGCCAAUGUUACACAUUUAUUUUAUUUCUUUAAAGGAGAUAUGUGCAAGUGUGCUGGGUACAUGACUAAAAUGAAUACUAAAUAAUUUUGGAUAUAAGGAAAGAAAUUAAAUUAAUUGAAUUCAACUA